UUAUCAACUGUUGAACAAGUUCAAGUAUCUCGCUCUUUUCAUCUUUAAUAUUAACUCAAUGGUACAGAUUUAAUAACAUAACCUAUAAUUAUUUACACGCGAGUAUAAAAUUAAAUAAAGCAUGGGUAAAAAUCAUCGUCAUAAGAAAAACCUAAAAGCCGACAAAGCUAAAGUGAAACUAAAACAAAGCAAAACAAAUUUUUUACCGAAAGGCUUAAAUGAAACUAAAGCUACAUUUAAAAUAAAACCAAUCGUACUUUCAGAACAAUUAAAAGAGAAAAAUAGCCAGAUUCCUUUGAGUAGAAGAAAACUUGAUGUAAAGGAUUUAUGUAACAGAUUAAAUCAUUAUAAUGAAAACGUCAGGAGUUCUGCGUGCGAAGAACUGGUGGAGAUGUUUAAACAAUAUUCGGAAGAAAUUGGUAAUUUAGGAGAAAUAAUUUUAAACGUAAGUAAUCUUAUGCAAGACAGGGAAAGAAAAGUGAGGAGUAACGCAGCUAAGGUUAUUAGCACUAUCUUGGAAACGACUCCACGAGAAAAAUUAGAACCUUUCUUCAAUUACUUUUCAACUAACAUGCGUUGUGCAAUGACUAAUAUUAAUCAUAACAUACAAGAAGAUUCGCUCAAAUUCCUAGAUUGCUUUUUGAUAAACGAUUGCGGUUUAAUAUCUAAAACAUCUGAUAAAUUAUUACCAGAUUUUUUCACUCUUAUUUCUAGAUUAAGGGUUGAAAAUAAUUUGAGUCGUACGGUUACUGUUAAUUUAGGCAGUAAAAUGACUAGUGUUUCGUGGAGAAUUAAAGUCUUGAGUAGAUUACAUACGAUACUUGAAUUAAUUUUGAAUAAAAACAAAGAUAUUAACGAGGAAGUAGAUAAUGUUACUUGCUUUGCUUCAAAUAACUACUACAUUCCAAUUUAUAAAAACUCGUUUUAUAAAAUUUUAAGUAAUCGUAACAGUAAUAGUGAUAAAAGUACUGCUAUGGAUAAAAAUACUUUAGACAGUCACGUUGUUAGUCUCAUUCCGGUUUUAUAUGAAAUUUGGAUGGAAGUUGUGCCUCAAAAUAAGGUACAAAAACCAGCAAAUGAAAGUACUUGUCUUAGUAAUGAAGCGUCUGCUAUUUUAAGUAGUGUUGUUAAAACUAUAUAUCUUCUGUGGAAAUAUUUAGAAGAUUGCAGUCACGAUUACUUGAAAUCUAUUUUUAUGUCUGCAGAAGCAAAUAAAUUUUUUAAUAACUUGUUAAUCAACUUUCCUUAUGCUCAAAAUGAGAAUUUCAACAAUAAUAAGAAAGUAAAAGUGAACGCUUUGUCUUUGAAUACGAAUUUAGAUUCUAAUUGCGUUAGGGAAAAUAUUAUAAUAUGCCACAUUUAUUUUAUACUAAAUGCAACGUUUAUAAGAAAUACUGCAAAGAAUGAAUUGAAACGUAUAGCGGAUUACAUAAAUAAAUGUUUGUUAACAAAAAAUUAUGUCAAUUUAACUAGUAUAGACGAUCUAAUUAAUUUUAUUAAGAUUAGUUUGGUUGAGAAAUGCAUUGUUUGGAAAAAAUCUAAUGUUAGUGCUGUUCAAAUUUUGGAAAACUUGAUAGUUUUUUAUAACAAUGGUACCAUUAAGGAAAAACAUAAAAUCGUUUUAUUCAAAAUGUUAGCAGAAUUAGUUGAAAACCCAUAUUUGGUAAAAUCAUCGCAGUAUCAGAAUUGGCUUUUAUCUUUAACGGAAUCACUUUGCAAGACACAAAUUAAUGAUAUUACAAUAGAAAUUCUACUAGAGUUAGCUAGAAAGAACUGCGUUACGUUUUUAACUGCUGUAAAGAAGAAUAUGCGAAGAAUUUUGAAUAAUAUAUCUUCUAAUAGUAUUAUUAUUACUAAAAAGGGUUAUAAAGAUGAAAAAAUACUUAGAAGAGAAAUGGCUUUUAUUUUUUAUUACAUAAAGGAGUUAACUUGUGAAGAAGCAAAAGAGUUAUUAAAAAAUUUGGUAAAUAUCCUUCCUGAACAGGACUGUAAUAUAAUCAAAGAGCAAGUACAUAUUUGUAAACAAAAUUCUUGUUAAAAAAUUUUAAUAUAUUAUUAAAAUUCAA